GUACAUACCAAGCUACAGCUGCUCCCCCACUUUCCAUUCUUACCACUAUAGCUUCCAAUAAAUUUAUUUCCAAUGCCAUACUCUACACACACACAAACAACACUAUCGUAACUAGAUUAAAUUUUCGGUAUCCAUCAUCGCCAUGGGAGAAGAAGAUCAAGCAGCAGCACCAGCAGCUCAAGAAACCAUCAAUGGCUUGGAUACUGAAGAACAGAAAACAACACAAGCUUCAGAAUCAUCAACCAGACACUACAAAUGGUGGAUACAGAUGAUCGUUUACACAAUCUUCGUCCUUACAGGGCAGAAUCUGGGCACAAUUUUAGGAAGAAUUUACUUCAACAAUGGUGGCAAGAGCGAGUGGAUGGCCACUCUCGUCCAAGUCGUUGGCUUCCCUGUCCUAAUCCCCCUCCAAUACCUAAUAGCUACCAAUUCCCCCAAAUUAGAAAACCCUAACUGCAAUAAUAACAAUUUCAUCCUUAAUAAUUCCCCCAAAUUCAAAUUCCCCCUCAAUCUUGCCUCCAUCUACAUAGCUUUGGGGAUAUUUCUUGCAGCAGAUUGUAUGCUAUAUUCGAUCGGGCUCCAGUAUCUCCCUGUGACUACCUACACACUGAUCUGCGCCAGCCAAUUGGGAUUCAACGCCCUGUUUUCUUACUUCCUUAACAACCAGAAGUUCACUCCUUACAUCGUCAAUUCCCUCGUCCUCCUCACGCUUUCCUCUGUCCUUUUAGUCUUCCAAUCCGAUCCCGGCGACUCCAACAAAUCGUCCAAGGCUAAGUACGUCAUCGGCUUUGUCUGCACCGUCGCCGCCUCCGCCGGCUACGCCCUCAUGCUGUCGGUGACACAGGUGGCGUUUCAAAGGAUAAUCAAGAAGGAUAGCAUCAAUGCAGUGAUUGAAAUGAGCAUAUGGCAAUGCUUUGUGGCGUCAAUUGUGAUUGUGGUGGGUCUGUUCGCCAGCGGCGAUUGGCGGAGGAUGUCGGCGGAGAUGGCCGGAUACAAGUCCGGCCGGGUUUCCUAUGCCAUGAACUUAUUUUGGACCGCCGUGUCGUGGCAGGCAUUCACCGUCGGGUGCACUGGAUUGAUCUUUAAAGUGUCGUCGCUUUUCUCGAACGUGAUCAGCAUCUUGGGGCUGCCGGUGGCGCCUGUUCUUGCCGUGGUUUUUCUCCACGACAAGAUGACGGGGCUUAAGGCCAUGUCGAUGGCGCUCGCGCUGUGGGGGUUUGUGUCUUAUAUGUACCAACAUUAUGUCGAUGAUCGUGAGAUCAAGAAGAAGGAAUCUAAUUAAGAAUGGUAGAGAUGAUGAUCGAUGAGAUUGAGCAAAAGAUUCCUUAAAAGUUAGUUAAUUCGUUGAAAACUAUGGUUUUAAGGAAGUUGUUGUUGUAAUUUUGUUUUGUUGUUUUCGUCACAUUAAGUUGUGAUGUGCAUUUCUAUUUUCUAUCCAA